GGGUGUGCGGGGCUGCAGCCCGGCCGAGGCCCGCGUCGUUCCCCGGGUCGGUGUGGGUGCUCUGCCCUUCCCUCUACCUCCCAGCCAGGACAGAGCAUUGAGAACCCCCCUAAAAGCCGAGGAACUGCCUGCGCUGUCGGUGCUAUUUGUUGUCUCAGACCUUACGGCCGUCCCUUCCUUCUGCGGCCUUGGCCUCCGCUCCUUGGGCUGCUGCCGGCAGGAGCUGGGUGACGGCGUGAUCGAGGUGUCGCCGCAGCCGGCGGCAGGUGUCGAAGCAGCCAGGCGAGGGGGGAGGCCCUGAAGCGGCCACCCCGCGUGCUGCUAAGCGAGGCCCCGCAGAGCUGGUUGUUGCGGUGGGACCCGGGGACGGCAUGUGGCCUUUGUCACCGUAGGAACCGACAGCAUCACAGUCGUCCUCGGAAUGCUGCCGGGAAGCGAGGAGCAGAUCCCCAAAGACCCGCUACAGAGACGGAUCCAAGGACUUGCCGCGCUGAGCAAGCAGCUGCAGCGAGUCCACCCCAACGUGCUGGCCAAAGUGCUCCGGCAGGGAGUUGUGUACCAAAAUGAUGAGGUUGUGGUGAUCAAUAAACCCUACGGCCUUCCCGUGCACGGUGGCCCCGGGGUCAAGAACUGCAUCACUGAUGUGCUGCCCAUUUUGGCCAAGAUGCUGGAGAACAUGAAAGCUGAGCCCUUGCACCUGUGUCACCGGCUGGACAAAGAGACCACAGGCGUGAUGGUCCUGGCACGGAGCAAAGAGGCAGCGGAAAAGAUCCGUCUCCUCUUCAAAACUCGACAGGUGGAGAAGAUUUACUGGGCAAUCAGUUUGGGGGACCCAGACCCCGCCGAGGGGGUUGUGGAGAUCCCCAUCAUGGAGAAGGAGGUGCAGAGCCACCAGUCGCACUACAAGAUGACGCUGUCCCCGAACUACCGCCUGGCUCCCGAGGAUGGGAAGGUGAUGAAAAUCCGCAAGAACCGCAAUGCCGAAAGCGCUGUGACGCGGUACCGCGUCCUGGCUAGCUCUUCCGCCUGCUCUCUCCUGGAGCUCCAGCCCAUCACGGGAGUGAAGCACCAGAUCCGGGUUCACCUGGCCUAUGGCUUGGGGUGCCCCAUCCUGGGGGAUCACAAAUACUCGCACUGGAGCAAGCUGGCGCCCCAGAAGCUUCCUGAAAUCACCUUGAAGAGGCUGAAACUGGAGCAGACCAAGGCACGCCACCUCCCCCUCCACCUCCACGCCCGCCAGCUCUCCCUGCCCUUGGGCACCGGCGAGGACAAGUGUAUAGACCUCGUGUGCAAACCGCCCUCCUUCUUCAAAAACACGAUGCUGAAGCUGAAGCUGGAGGUUCCUGAGGACUGAGAAGAGGCACGACAAGCCUGGUACCGUGCCUCCCUGCGUCUCCAGCUUGUGGUAGCUCUGGCUCCCGCCGUUUGGCAGUGGAGUCCGCCUUGGAGCCGGCAGCGUGAUGAGAACUACAGUCUCUGCUGCUUGAGAGAGACCUUGUCCACUGGGUAACAGUUUUGCUGGCUUCAAACCAGAUAGUGGCAUGUGUUUCCUGCCCAAUUCAGUGCAGGAAUGUGACUUGUUUAGACAAACGAGGCUGGACAGAAAGCGGUCUCGCUGUCCGUGCUUUGGACUCGUCGCUGAGCAAUAAAGGAUCCUGUUCCUGUC